CAACAACAUCACCAAUCAUUCCAAUUCUCUUCACUCUUAUUUACAUUUUAAAUCCAACGCUUCCUUUUUCAACUCCAAUACCCAAUCUACCGCCACAAUGCAGUUCACCAACAUCCUCUUUGCUCUCCUCCCGGUGCUGGCCACCGCUCAAAGCACCGCUUCUCAAAGCACCGCUGCUCAAAGCACCGCUCCUCCAACCACCCCUAAGAACCCGGUUUCUAACGACUUGUGUCCCGCCGUUUUCCGCACUGCCUGCCCUCAGAGCAGUGACGGCGUUCAGCGUUGCCUCGUGCUCAACAAUGCAUCUCUUUGUGUGAUUGACUGCGAGUCGCAGUCUGCCUGCCGCGCUCAGUGCCAGAAGCAGGGCCAGGUCAACGGCUUCUGCACUACCGGGGACAACCCUUGCGUCUGCAGCAAUGUCGACGGCGGCAGCAAUGCCUAA